UCCCGCUAAACCAAACAUUCUUUUCCUCUGCCACCCAAACUCUAUCUCUCUCUUCCUUUCUCUCUGUAAAAUCUGUCACUGCAACUGCAAGCAUAGCCAUGUCUCUCCUUGCCGAUCUGAUCAACAUCAAUCUCUCUGAUUCCACAGACAAGAUCAUAGCCGAAUACAUAUGGAUUGGUGGAUCUGGUCUGGACUUGAGGAGCAAAUCAAGGACUCUGCCAGGACCAGUGAGUGAUCCAUCAAAGCUUCCCAAAUGGAACUAUGAUGGUUCUAGCACAGACCAAGCCACUGGUGAUAACAGUGAAGUCAUAUUGUACCCGCAAGCUAUCUUUAAAGAUCCCUUCAGAAGAGGAAACAACAUCCUGGUGAUGUGCGAUUCGUACACACCAGCAGGCGACCCUCUUCCUACCAACAAAAGGUUCAAUGCUGCCAAAAUCUUUAGCCACCCUGAUAUUGCCGCUGAGGAGCCAUGGUAUGGGAUUGAGCAAGAGUAUACUCUUCUUCAGAAGGAUGUGAAGUGGCCUAUCGGAUGGCCAGUUGGUGGCUUUCCAAGCCCUCAGGGUCCCUACUACUGUGGAGUAGGAGCUGACAAAGCCUUUGGCCGGAAUAUAGUAGACUCCCACUUCAAGGCAUGCUUAUUUGCUGGCAUCAGUAUCAGUGGCAUCAAUGGUGAAGUUAUGCCUGGCCAGUGGGAAUUUCAAGUUGGCCCUGCUGUCGGUAUUUCAGCCAGUGAUGAAUUAUGGAUGGCUCGUUACAUUCUUGAGCGAAUCACUGAAAUUGCAGGGGUCAUCCUUACUUUUGACCCAAAACCAAUUCAGGGUGACUGGAAUGGAGCCGGUGCACACACCAACUUCAGUACCAAGUCCAUGAGAAGUGAUGGUGGAAUUGAUGUUAUCAAGAAGGCUAUUGAGAAACUGGGUCAACGUCACAAGGAGCAUAUAGCUGCCUAUGGAAAAGGCAAUGAGAGAAGAUUGACAGGUCGACAUGAGACUGCUGAUAUCAACACUUUCUCCUGGCAGGGAGUUGCGAAUAGGGGAGCUUCUGUCCGUGUUGGCCGUGAUACUGAGAAAAAUGGAAAAGGUUAUUUUGAAGAUAGGAGGCCAUCAUCAAACAUGGAUCCAUAUAUUGUGACUUCAAUGAUUGCUGAAACCACCAUUCUCUGGAAGCCAUAGACAUGGAGGAAUUUGUGACUAAAGAUGAUAUAGGAAAUGACUUUCAGUUACUGCGUAGUUGAUACAAAUUACUCUCGUCUCUAUUCACUGUACUUGCUUCAGCUAUGUGAUUUGGGUUGAUGCUUUGGUUUUGGUCUUAGUAUUGUCUUCAUUCUACUUCUCCUUUCAAAUUGUUGGCUAUUGUUUUGUUCAAAAACUUAAUCAAGUUCUUUUGUUUUUCCUUUUAUACUUCA